GGGCACGUCCAGGUGUGUUUGUACCUGUGAGGACUGGACGCUGUCAGAUAUCCCAGAAUACAUUUCAAACGGAGGUAAAGCAGUGAUGGACGAGAGGCCGCGAAACUGAUGAGCAUGGAGUCCCGUCCAGGAGAAACUGCUGGAGUUAAAGCAGACCUGGAAAACACUGACUUUGGUGCAGCAGCUGCACCAAGAAGAUUAAAGCAAAGGAACACGCCGCUAAAUGUUGCCAUCACAGGAGAGUCGGGUUCUGGGAAAUCUACUUUUAUUAAUGCUUUCAGAGGUGUCGGUGAUGAAGAUGAGGGCUCUGCACCCACUGGUGUUGUGGAAACCACCUCACAGGUUACACCGUACCCCCAUCCAAAGUAUCCCAGUGUUAUCUUGUGGGAUCUCCCUGGAAUCGGCACUACCAGAUUUCCAGCUGAUGAGUACCUGAAGCUUGUUGGAUUUGAGAAGUUUGACUUCUUCAUCAUCAUCUCAGACUCUCGCUUCAGAGAAAAUGAUGUGAAACUUGCUCAGGAGAUUCAGAGGAUGAAGAAAAAGUUCUACUUUCUUCGGUCAAAGGUUGACAAAGAUAUACGAGCCGAGAAAAGAACCCGGAGAGAGUUCAACGUGGAGAGGACGCUUUCAACCAUCAGGAAGAACUGCACCCAAGGACUGAGAGAUUUAGGCAUCGAGUCUCCGCAGGUCUUCCUGGUGUCCAGCUUUGAGCUCCACCUGUACGACUUCCCUCUGUUACAUGAGACCCUAGAGAGAGAACUUCCUGAACACCAGAGAGAUGUUCUGCUGUUUGGUAUAUGCAACAUCAUCAGGAGGAAGAAAGAAGUUUUUCAGGCCCAAAUAACACUCUAUGCUACUCUGUCUGCAGCUGUACGUACAGCACCUCUGGGGAUUUCUGCUGUGGUUGACAGCACCUUAAAGGCUGCUGUCACAGCUUAUGUAGCUGGGUUUGGUCUUGACAGCCCAUCUCUGAAGAGACUUGCUGCCAUCACAGGUGUCUCCUACACUGAUCUGUGCGCUGUCAUCAAUUCACCGCUGGCCACAAACACCAUAACUGCAGAUCUUAUCCUGAAUGAGUUGACGACACUUCCAAGCACAGCUAAAAUAAUGGGAGCAGAUAACGUGUGCAGGUUCAUUCCACUGUUUGGAUCCCUGCUGACAGCUGGUUUCUCUUUCACUAUAACCAGUCGAGCUCUGCAGUUUUUCCUCAGUGAGCUCGCCGAUGAUGCUGAGAGGGUGUUUAGAAGGGCUCUGAGUUUGACCACCUCAGUGUGGUAUUGUUAAAAACAAGCAAUCCUCACGAAUUUCACCAUUUUUAGACGAGCUGUAAACUGGAGGAAAACCAGUGUUUCUCUGAGCUGUGGGUCGUUUGGUGUUCCAUAUCACUCUAUAUCUGGAAAAGUGCAGCAGUUUCCCCUCUCAUCCAAGAGAUUUGCUUCUAUCAGCAUCCACUGGUCUGUUUGUUUGUUCAGGUAGAUCAUCGCAGAUGAAAGUGGAAAAAGAUUUAGAGAUCCCAGAGUGCUGCGUGUUCCCAGAGUACGAGCUAAGUGACCGACAGCAGGCAUUCAGAUAAAAACCAAAUGUCAGCUCUUCUUUGGAAACAAGGUUGUACAUCAACUGUUUACAGUGCAGCUGUUUAAUCAUUGUGGAGCUUUUUCACAUUCUUUGUGUGUCUGUUAAAAUCUGCACUUUGUAUAUGAGAAAAAGCGUUCUGUUCUCUGUCGAGAUGAUCCCACACUGCUUCAGUAAUGUUGAGGUCCAGGCUCUGGAGAGACCCAUCCAUGACUGAUAAUCUUCCAUUGUGUAGGUUUUUUUUUGUGUUUGUUUGUUUUUGCUUUUACUGUACUGGUAGAGUUUUUGAGAUCAUCGUAAUACUGAGAAAUGAAGCUGUGGUCACUUCAAAUUAUGACGUUACUUUUGUGACCCGAUCCCAAACACCACUGGCUAAACUUCAUAUCUACCUAAGUACAAUCUCAUUUAAUAUAUUGCAGUGUGUUUGUGAGUCUUUAGCACACACAAAGUUAGUGAUGGACGAUGACCUGUACUGUUUAUGUUUUGCGUGCUUCCCUUAGGCAACAUUAUUAGAAGAUAUAUAUACAGUCCCGAAGUUAAAGACCACCUGAAAAAUGGCAAAAAAUCAUAUUUUGCAUGGUUGGAUCUUAACAAGGUUCCAAGUAGAGCUUCAAAAUGCAAUAAGAAGAAAUAGGAGUGAGACAAAAAAAAAAUUUUGAGCGUGCGAUUUGUUGAAAACAACACUUAAACUGAAACAGGCUGUUUUACAGCUGAUCAAAAGUUUAGGACCACACCUCCACAAAAAUCUGUAAACCCUAAAAUAAAAGUUCCAAACAUGAACUCAGUAAUGAGGAGCUCCACCAUUAUUGUUGAUCUCUUCAAAAAUUUGUAGCGGCAUGCUUGAUGCAAGCGUCUCCAUGAGGUGAGUGGGAACAUUUCUCCAAGUGGUGAAGAGCCGGCUCGAGGGUUGGUGUCCUGGGUCAACACACCUAAAUCAGAUGAUUAGUUCAUUCCCAGGCCUCUGGAGAACUUCAAGACAUGUUGAGGAGGUCAUUUAACCAUUUAAAUCAGCUGUGUUGGAUCGAGGACACAUCUAAAACCUGCAGGACACCGGCCCUCGAGGCCUGGAGUUGCCCACCCCUGGUCCAAACAGUCACCUCUGUGACGUUCAAGGAGACGAGGCCUUGAAGACGUUUUUUGUUUUUGAAGCCCUUUAGCCUCAGAUGCCCACUGAUGGUUAUGGGGCAACAGUAACGGCCUUAAUUUGGGUCGAGGUUCAUCCAGUGUCUUGACGGACAGCCAAUUGGAUCCUCCGGCUCAGUGCUGGUGACAUUUUUUGGGUCUUCCACUUGACUUUUUUGUUCCAUAACCCUCAGGAUCAUUUAAGAAAUUGCAAAUGACUGUUUACUGCGUCCCACCUCAGAGAGGAGCAGUUCAACAACCCAACCACGUUCAAAAAGGGAACGUUUUUUGCCUUCAGAAUGUAAUAACAGUGGUACUACUGACAGAAAAUGACAAUGAAUCCACAGUUUUGCACAAAUUUGGACUUUUUAACCUUGUUAAGAUCUAAACAUGCAAAAUAUGAUUUUUGACAUUUUUCAAGUGAUCUUAAACUGUAUUUUCAUCAUUUUGCACAUGAUUCCCUGUUAUAUUUAUCUUUGAAGCCAAAUCACAUAAAUGUCUGAAUGAAUUGUAUUUUUAAAUUCAGAAAAGAACCAAGGUUUCCAAAUUUGUCCCUAAAAAAUCAGAUUCGGAUCCCAUUUCCUCUCCUUCCAGUAACUCUAAGGAACGUUUAACCAUCGACUUUCAGUGCACAUAUUUAAAAGAUAUGUAGGACUGCUUUCUUCCAUUUGCACGAUAUCUUUAAAAUUAUAAACAGCCUGUCUCAGAGUGAUGCUUACGAACUAGUUCAUGCAUUUAUUACUUCUUGGCUGGACGACUGUAAUUCAUUAUUGUCAGGAUGUGCUCUCUCUCAGCAUCUCGAGUACUGAAGGGGACUAAAGUAGAGAUCAUAUUUCCUCUAUACGAGCUUCUCUUCUUUGGCUCCUGUUAAAUGCAGAAUUUAAUUUAAAAUCCUGCAGCUCAACAAUAAAGUCCUGAAUAAUCAGUCGAACCAAUAGGAGGGAACUUGGAAACAAUAAGUUCAAAACGAGGAACUAAACCCACGAAUGCAAACUUCAGCAGCACCGAAUAAUGUAAAAGAACCAAAACUCAAAUAUUACAUCAAGAGCUAAACGCUCACCAUCCUCCAGUGAUAAUUAAACUAAAUGAGGAAGUUAAAACUCAAACAAACAAACAUCAAAAAUGUAAAUGUAAAUAUUCCAUUAUACCUCACUGAGUUUCCUGCUUUUAGUCUGAACACCAACAGACAUGAACUCUCUUUAAUAGCGGGUGCUUUUAAAGGUUUUAUGAAUGAACUGCUUAUUUUAGGGUUCUUGUUUUUAAUGAUUGUGAUUGUUCGUUGCCUUUGACUCAUUUCAGGAAUAAAUGUAAACACUUUUCAUUUAAUAAUUAAACUUCAGACCUAGAAGAAGAAAUAAAUUUGUGGUACAUUGUCAGCUUCUGUGUUUAUGGUCAAACCUUUUCCUGCUUUCAGCUCCUGAACUCAGAGCUCUGACACACUGUGACAUUGUUCUCUUCCUCAUCGCGGUUUGUUACCACUAAUCAUUAACUGGGAUUUGUCAUUAACAGAGUUUUUUCCAUCAUUCUCUGUGUUGAUAUAUGUGAGCAGCUGCUGAGAGUUUUUCCUUCCUGAUCAGCGGUUAAGAUGCUCGUCCUCCCCUCAGACUCUCUGAUGUUCAGCUUUCUUCCUGACAUGAUGUUUGCUGGUUAAAGUCUGUCUGUGGGUGAACAAAGAUCUUUGCUGAUUUUGUGGUGAUGUAUUCACUUUUGGUCUGAUUCAGUGUUUUGCAUAUAACUUUUUCCUUAUAUAUAAACAAGCUGACAGGAUGCACGUUCCAAGUUUGAUGGUUAUUUGGCUGAUCUUGGAGAGUAAAGAUGAAAAUAAGCAGCUUGUUAGAUGCAUGUUUAUAAUGGGACUUUCCAUUUGGAGUCGGGGCAGAUGUCCAUCUGGAAACAGGAAUAAGAAUAAAGAA